AUAAAUAUUAUAUUUCAAUGAUUCAAUUUAUAUGAUUUUGUUUUUGCUAUAUUAACAAUAUAAGGGUCCCUAUUAUAGGGUAGUGAUUAAUAGGCUACCAUUGGCUGUCAAAAUAUACUUUGUGGCCUUGAAAUCGGGUAAUACGUAAGGCAACAAUGACUACUACUCUGACCACUACCACUACAACUACCACUACUGGUGUGAUCGGACCGGAAGAGGAGAAAGUGUACCGCAAUCUCUAUUACGCCGACCUAUUCAUCGACGACUUGGCCAACGAGUUUCAGUGUUCAAUAUGCUUAGCCAUAAUGAACGACCCGAUGCUUGUCAACUGUCCGGCACAGCAUAUGUACUGUCGGCUGUGUAUCACUACAUCUUUGGCCACCAAACAGUCGUGUCCAUUGGACCGUCAGGCCGUCACUAUGGACGACGUACGGCCGCUGCCGGCAAUCAAGAGAGUGAUCGACGGCCUGCGAAUGAAAUGUCCUAAUCAUGCGGAAGGUUGCGAAAAGACAGAUACCGUAUCGGUAAUGGGAUUUCAUAUAUUCGAGUGCAGUCGCGGUGGAUGCGGUACUGACCCGUCUAUGUCACGCAACGAUGUCUUUGGCAAAGAAAUAACUGUUAAGGUAUCACACGAUGGCAAACCACGGUAUCUGAUAAAGGCCUACGAAAAUGAUGUAGUUUUGGCACUAAAACGCCGUAUUGGCGACCGAUUGGGCAUUCAGGCUACAGAUGUGGUCAUCAAUUUGAAUCAACAGGUAUUGGAUGAACACUACGAUAGUCGUACACUAAGCGAGUGUAACAUUAGAGACGGUUCGCUGGUUUGGUGGACAGACAGAACUCAUGGAGGCAUCGAUUAUCAAAAACCAGUAAUUUUUUUGGUUUUUAAGUUUUUAUUACUUUAAUCACAUGUAUUGGACACCAACUCUACACUUAAUUAUUAUUAUUUUAUGAUAAUUUG